AGACCACCGUUGCCGCAACAACCUCACACCCCCGCCCUUCUUUCUUAUAACAUUUAGGGCAGAUGCGAAUGUCGUCAGUUAAACACAUCCGACCAUCAGCUUAUCUUGGCAGUGGUGUAAAAAGACAAGACAAGGAUUCCAAGGCAUCAUCAACAUGAAUCUGUUGAAUAUUUGCGCUGUCCUCAUGCUGUCCUUCUCCCAGCGUACACAUCAGUCCUGCACAGUGGGCACCCCCAAGCAGUGUCUCCAAGCAGAACUGGCCCCAGGCACUAAUCUAGCCGGGGAAGGUUUCGAUAUCACCACCAUGGAGCGCAAGGAGGCAUUUGUCCUGGACAUGGAUAAGUGGGAACGCAAAGACAAAACAUGCACCCUGUGCAUCAACCCCUUCCAGAAGAAGGCCCAGCAGAAGCUGCCUCUGUCUGUGGUAGACUGGAGGCCAAAGCAGGUGUGCAGAUUGAAGGACGCCAGUACACUUUACAGAUCCAGCGAGGCUCUUGUCAAUUCCAUGACUUCUGUGGUGGAAAACAACUGGAAGUUUGGUCUAAGUUUGAAUUCAAAAAAAUAUGGUGCAAAUCUAAUGCUGGCUGGCACCAACUCAAAAUUGGCCGAGUACUCUAUGCAAAAAACCAAGACAGACAAGUUCAGCUUUGUCAGCCAGAAAAUGUCCUGCGAGUACUACAGCUACAGAGUGUCCGUCGAGCCAAAGCUGCAUGCUGAAUUUCAAAAAGCACUAAAGAAGCUUCCAAAGACCUACAGUCCCCCGAACAAGCAACAUUUCUACAAACUGAUUGAAACCUUUGGCACCCAUUACGUCACAAAGGUGAAACUGGGAGGAUCUGUCCAAUCCACCACCAGCAUCAAUCAGUGCCAGACCAGCCUGCAGGGCCUCAGCACAGAGGAGGUGCAGAUGUGCCUGGAGGUGGAGAAGUCCCUCACCAUUAAGGUGACCAUGGAUGCUCGCUACAAACACUGCCAAAACGAUAGCAACAAGACAACGAGCAAGAAGAACUUCUCCAGUCUCUUCAAUGACAGGCUCACGAACAUAAGGGGGGGUCACACCAACAACGUGGACCUUCUCUUCUCUGCAGGCAAAGACCCAUCAGCCUACAAGCAAUGGCUCAACACGCUGCCACGCUAUCCAGACAUCAUUUCGUAUUCCCUGGAAUCUUUGCACGAGUUGGUGCCGACCCACGAAAGGAAGAACCUGCAAACAGCAAUUAGCCACUAUAUUCUAGAGCGGGGGUUGAUGAUCAACUGCAGUGGGCGCUGUCAGGCUGGCAUCAAGGACAACUCCAGGGACAGCUGCGUCUGCCAGUGCCACAACGUACCUGCAGUGAACCAGGACUGCUGCCCGAGCCGUAGAGGCAUGGCCCGGGUCAUCAUAACCGUCCAACGGGCCUCAGGUCUUUGGGGAGACCAUUCCACGGCAACCGAUGGAUAUGUGAAGGUGAUUUUCAACAAACAAGAGCAUCGUUCUCGCGUCAUUCUCAACAACAACAACCCCCACUGGGCCACAAUUGUGGACUUGGGCUCUCAAGAUUUAUCAACAGCCUCUAAAGUCAGAUUUGAAGUGUGGGAUCAGGACAGUGGCUGGGACGACGACCUUUUGGGACAGUGUGAGCGAAUCCUGAAGGUAGGAGUGGAUGAGGAUGUGUGUGCCAUGCACCACGGCCAGUUGUUCUUCAAGUGGGAUGUGAAAUGUGCUCCCAAUCUGGGCAGUGAGUCAUGCAUGGACUACAAGUCUUCGCCAAUGAGCCAAAGUCUUAGAAACAUGUAUGCGUCCCGCCACGCUCACCCUAUUCCACGAGACAUCAUGCUAGCAAUGGGCGUGUUUGUCAACAAUAGAAGUGCUAUGACAAACUAGAGUCUCACUGCUGAUAAACGCAUGCGUAACACUCAAGUUUGGUUUUCCUGAAGCUUUUACUUAUUAUGUAACGUCCAUUGUUGGCAAAGCAGCACAAUGAGUGCGCUUUUACCGUCAUUAAAGUUUGCAAGAAAGCUGGCAUGGCUUAGAUA